AUGGAGCUAUACAGCUUUCCUACUCCUACUGGAUCGCGUUAUGAUUUCAAAUAUCUUGUAAGACCUAAGAGCACUAACAACAUUUCUGGUCUACCAAUUGAGAAGCCUACGAGUUGUAAUGAUAAUGAAGAAUCGUUUUUCUCUUCGUUUAGCGAUGUAUCUUGGGACGGGAUGGACGCAUUGACCUACAAGAGACUCUUGAAUGGCUUGACUUUUAGGCCGGAGACGCAAUUGAAGAUAUUUGAGAGUUGUGUAAACACCGACAAGAGUCUGAAUUACGAGUGGCAGUCAGAAGACGAUAUUCGUAAGAAGCUGUCGGAUUUGAGGGAUGAAGCGACAGGAGGCCUCACUGUCGUCGUUGGACAUGGGAACGGUAGAUCUGUACCCCUCGGUAUCACAACAGCGUGCUUCCAAGAAAUCACGACGCACCUUCGGAUCCCGAGACAUUUCCUCUCAAGUCUAAACUCCAACAAUGGGUCGCUAUCACAUUUUACAGAGUACCGGAACAUGGAUGGUGGAUAUCACAAAACGCAUCUUCAUAUCCUAAUACAAACGACAAAAUCACCGUCUAGAAGUUUCUGUUGUGCACUUCGGGUGAACAUCAGAAACGGCGCGCUGGCGGUCCUAUUUUUCGACAGGGAUGAGGAAUCUGUUAACGAGAUUCUUGGACGUCUGAGAGUACAUCAAAAAGUGCUACAUGAAAAUCCGAUAGCGUUCCUGAGCCUCUUGUUUGAAAUGCAUUGUCAUGCGAGCGAGCAUUACCGAGCAUAUCUAGACGACCAAGUGCUUGCAGUCGAGUGCUCAACGCGAAUGACAGCCUUUCAUAUACAGACCAAGUAUCCUGCAACGGAAACUGACUACGAGGCCCUGUCUGGCCCGCUGCAUAGCUGCAACACCAAUCUCAUUUUUCUGGAGGUCAUUCUCGAGUUUGAAGCACGAUUUGGCGACUUUUGCAAGCAAGUUCAUUCGACGUUCGCACAACUUCGUCGCGAAGAAGGUCUAGAAGACUUUUCCCAGUAUCAGCAGAAUAUGUAUAUGCAGGGUGUUGAUUAUCAAAUUCAAGCGAACGAAUUCAGACGCGUCCAAGCCAGAAGUUUGCAGAAGCGUAUUCAAUCGCAAAUGAGCGUGCUGUAUAGUCUCAUCUCGCAAAAAGACAGCCGCGUGAACCUGUCUGUAGCCGAAGACUCGAAGAAGAUCGCCGCUGCCACAAUGAAUGAUAGCAAGGCAAUGAAAUUAAUCGCGCUUUUGACCCUUGUGUUCCUGCCAGGCACGCUUGUGGCGGUAAGCAUAGCCAUAUCCCUAAAACUACAUUUGCUGGCAACUGAUAUCUCCCUUCUGGGCAGACAAUCUUCAGCACAGGCAUCUUUGAUCUUCAGGGCUCACCCCAACACCCUCAAAGAGUGA